UGCCGAUUGGUCGUCAAAUGCAACAAGUGAAAGCCUUUUACUUCUAAUGUAAUGUGUAAAAGUGAUCUAAAAUGAUUGAAUUAAAGUGAUUAAGAACAAUAUAGUUGAACAUCUAUUAAAAUAACAAUUUAAGGCUUCCAAAAUGGCUACUAAAUUCCUGAAGAAACGGGAAGUGGCCAAGCUUGUUACUGAAAACAGGCAGCCUUGUGUUUUCUGCAAUCAGGAUGUGGAUGAUGAAGUGAUUUACGGCAAAUUAUACUCUUAUGGUGAUAUACAAUGUCAUUACUUCUGUGUGCUGCUAUCCUGCUGCCUGGUACAGAAGGGGCGGGACUCGGAAGGCCUGUUCGGUUUCCUGUACAAGGACAUUCUGGCGGAGGUGGAACGGAGCAAGAAACAUAAAUGUUCAUACUGUGGACGCGGCGGCGCCAGUCUCGGCUGCUCUGUGUCUACGUGUCGUAAGCAAUUCCACCUGCCGUGCGGACGGGGAAAGAAUGCUGUCUCACUCUUCUACGGAAACUACAAAUCUUUCUGUGAACUCCAUGCUCCAAAGCAGAAGAUCUCAGAAGAUGUGAUGGCCAAAGCCAAGGAGAGAACGAAGAUUGAGAAGCUGAAGAAAGCGGGGAAGAUACCUAUAACUAAUGGAGAAACCCAACAGGCCGAGAGCCCUGAAGAUCCAGCCAUGGUUUGCGUGAUCUGCUAUGAAGAAGUACAAGCAUACCCAACAACGCAGACAUUUUGGCCACCCUGCUGCGGCCGCGACGCGUGGCUCCAUCGAACCUGCCUUCAGCGAAUGGCUCUAAGCGCGGGCAUGCACUACUUGAAGUGCCCUCUGUGUAACGACAAGGACAACUUCUACAAUGCUGUAUGCGAGCAAGGAUACUAUCUGCCGGAUCGAGACGCAGCGUGGGAGUUGGAGCAGAAUGCGUUCGCGGAGAUAUACGCGCGAGAGGCGUCGUGCGCCGCGCCGGACUGCCAGUGCCCCUUCGGACGCUCGCACGACGAGUUGGGCACUUGGGACAUAAAGCUGUGCCUGCUGUGCGGCAGCUGGGGGCUGCACGCCGGCUGCGGCGGCGGCGCGCGCGCGCUGUGCGCCGUGUGCGCGCCCGCCGCUGCUGACAUAGACCGGCUCGAGGGACGCCUCGCUGAAGUGAUAAUGGCGGAGCAGGCUCUUGAGCAGCAGCGCACGCGCAGCGGGCCCGUCAUGCCGAGCCGCAUGUCGCUCCGGCGCACCAAGGGCCGGCUACAGACACACAGUGCUUCUGGUUCAUCACAAAAUUUGCCGACUCAAGAAAUUCCCGCCAAGACUGAAUGCCAGCCUCCAGGUCGCCUGGAACUGAACCUAAAACCCCCGCGGCGCGCGCGCCUGCUCACGCCCGCACAACACAUGGAGUCCCGCGCAAGUCUGCUCUCCCCCAUCAAACUACUCGAGCAGACAUACCUGGAGAAAGGCGGUGGGAGGGAUGUGGUGGUUCCUAGUGAGGUCUUGGAGAAGAUCCGGCUGAGGUUUAACAAGCCGAAGCCGCUUUGUGCCAAGAAGAAGAUUGUUAAUGAGAUAUUAGACGACCUGUUCAAGAAUGUGUCGAAGGAGAACCCAAAGAGCAAAGAUCCGGUGCGAGAAUGGAACUCGCCCAAGAAGUCUUGUGACAUCAGUGCUGAGUUAAACGAAGCAAUAAAAGAAAUCAAAUCGACGAUCACCAGCAACGAGAAAAAAGAAAAACUAGAAACCAAUGUUGAAGAAAACUGCAUGAAAGUGAACGAACUAUGCGAAAAUAAACAAGAUGAUUCCAAAGAAAAAUCUUAUGAUGGAAACUCAAGUGAUAAAGAAAACAAUGGAAAUAAUGUUAAAAGCGACGACGAAUCAUCGACCAGCACCUUUCAGUUGCCUUCAGAAUUUAUAGCAGAGAGCGAAGACAGUUUGCCAAUCAUGGACACACCGAAAAAACUCAAAAUGGUCGACAUCAAACAAGACUCCAUCGAAAUAUCGAAAAAUGAUGAGAUUGUCAACAUAGACGUGGUACAAGUAGGAAGCGGAAAUGAAAAGGAGUUUGUGAAAAACUUGGAUCUGAAGAGUCCUGUUAAGACUAAGAUGUUUUCAUUCAAAUUCAGUUCUUUGGAUAAAGAACCUUUUAAAACUGAUAUAGAUAUGGAUGUAGAGAGCUUUAAAGAUCAUUAUUUGAGUGAAGUUGAUAGAGACAAAUGUAAUUCAAAAAAUGAAGAAGUAAAACAAGAUUUGACUGACAAAAAGGUUAAGAAAAGAAAAUUGGAAAUGACAGAUGAAGAUCGUAAGAAAAGAAGGAAAGAAGGUAAAAAACAUAAGGAUAGUAAACAUAAGAAAAUUAAACUUAAAAUAAAAGCUAUAGAUCCGGAGAAGGUAGGACAGAAAAGAGCAAAAAAGAUGAAGAAAAUGAAAGAAUUCCACAAGAAAAUUGUAAGAGACAAGCAUGUUAACAUUAAAAUAAAACUAAAGGAUGAAAACAAGCGUAAAAUUAAGAAAUCAAAGAAAAUACAAAAGGUAAAGAGUUAUAAACAGUAUGUGUUGAAAUAUUCUCCUUUACUGAGCAGUAAUAUUGCAAAGCCAGAAGUAGACGUUACUCCAAUGAAGAGGAAAUAUACAAAGAUGGAGAAAUCACCGGCAGACAAGCUUGUUCAGACUUCUAUUCAGAGUUUCUUUAAAGUUAAAUAAAUAAAAUGCAAAGUUUGUGAAGACAGGGCGCUACGCUCGUUCAAGAAGUGGAAUCUUGAGUAGAGUUGUGCCUGCUCGUUCACUGAAAAGAUCGCUCCUAACUAGUACGAUCUCCGAAGUGUACUAGUUCGUUCUUUUAGGACAUUUAGUACAAUAGUACACC